CCAGUCGCCACAUUAACCGGCAACGUGCGAAAAGCGUUGUUGUUGCGGAGCAUUGAGCAUUUAAUAACUUUUAACAAUCUGUUUUCCCUUCGCUACGGAAAUGUUGGAAUUUAAAUGCAAUUGUGCAAUCAAAAUGCCUACAUUUUGGACAUUGUUCAGCAUAUUGCUUUUCAUAUCUAAAGUUCAAGGAUUAGCUGUAAUGUCAGUAGACAUUGGAAGCGAAUGGAUGAAAGUUGCAAUAGUGUCUCCUGGUGUACCCAUGGAAAUAGCAUUGAACAGAGAAUCUCAGCGGAAAACUCCUGUUGCUGUUUCUUUUAGGGAAGGAGAAAGGGUGUUUGGUGAUCCUGCACUGACUAUUGGUGUCCGAUUUCCGGAAAAGGCUUUCAUGUAUUUACUGGAUGUUAUUGGAAAGAAAAUAGAUAAUCCAUUAGUAACGUUAUAUAGAAAACGUUUUCCGUAUUACGAUAUCAGUCCUAGUGCGGAUGGAAAUUCAUUAGUCUUCAAACAUCCCGAUGGAAUGGAGUUUUCUGUGGAAGAACUGAUUGCAAUGAUUUUAAAACAAGCCCAGCACUUUGCUGAGAAAGCUGCAGGUCAACCAAUCAAAGAUGCUGUGAUAACUGUACCACCAUUUUUCAACCAAGCUGAAAGAAGAGCAUUACUUCAUGCUGCUCAGCUUUCUGGCUUAAAUGUACUACAAUUGAUUAAUAGUAAUACAGCUGUUGCUUUGAAUUAUGGUGUGUUCAGAAGGAGAGAUUUUAAUGAAACUCCUACAAAUAUCAUGUUCUAUGAUAUGGGUGCUGGAAGUACUGUUGCUACUAUCGCUACCUAUCAGCUUGUGAAAUCCAAGGAGACUGGUGAAAUCAGCCCCCAAGUAACAAUAAAAGGCGUAGGAUUUGAUCACACAUUAGGAGGACUUGAAAUGCAACUCAGACUGAGAGAUUAUUUUGCUAUGUCUUUUAAUAAUGCAAAGAAAACAAGUUCGGAUGUUUUCAAAAACAAUAGAUCUAUGGCAAAACUUCUCAAAGAAGCUGGAAGAGUUAAAAAAGUUCUCAGUGCCAACACAGAGCACAUGGCUCAGGUUGAAAGCUUAUUGGAUGACAAAGAUUUUAAACUCCCAAUUACUAGAUCAGAAUUUGAAGAAUUGUGUAGUGAUCUUUUUGAACGUGUUACUAAGCCAGUUGAAACUGCUCUUGCAUCUGCUAAUUUGGACAUGAGUUAUAUUGAUCAAGUUAUCCUUUCUGGCUCUGGAACCCGUGUGCCAAAAGUUCAACAGAUGUUGCUGGAUUAUAUCAAGAAAGAUGAAUUAGGAAAAAGUUUGAAUACAGAUGAAUCCGCUGCGCUUGGUGCUGCAUAUCAAGCUGCACAUUUGAGUAAAGGGUUCAAAGUAAAGACCUUUUUGGUAAAGGAUGCCAACAUCUAUCCCAUUCAGGUUGAUUUUCAAAGAGAGUAUGAGUUGGAAGAUAAAAGUACUGGUGUAAAGACUGUGAAGCGAAUUUUAUUUAGCAGAAAUAAUGCUAUUCCUUUGAAGAAAAUUAUGACAUUUAAUCGUCAUGUUAAAGAUUUUGAAUUUUAUGUUAACUAUGGAGAUCUGGGUUUUCUCAGUGACUUUGAGUUGCAAUCUUUGGGAUCUUUAAACAUUACCAAAAUAUCUGUACAAGGAGUUGAAUCGGCUAUUCAAAAGCAUAUGAAUAUGGAAGAGAAUACUGAAUACAAGGGUGUUAAAGCUCACUUUAGAAUGAAUGAGAGUGGAAUUUUGAACCUUGAAGAGGUGGAGUCUGUAUUUGAGAAAGCAGCUACGGAAUCUGCAGAGUCUCAACUAGAAUCUGCUUUUGCAAAAUUAGGUGAUACCAUUGGGAGGUUGUUUUCUGGAAAAACAGGGGAGAAAUCUGAAACAGAACAAAAGACAGAAAAUGAACCUGCAAAAGAUGAAGAAGCAAAGAAAGCAAAUGAUACUGAACAAACAGAAGCCAAAGAAAAUACUACUGCACAAGAAACUGUAAAGAACAUUACAGAACCAAAACCAGAGCUGAAAUUACAGGUUGUUAAAGAAGCUCUUACAUCUGAGCAAGAAUUCUUUGAUCUUUCUUCUCCAACAGCUGAAAACAUUGGGAAGUCUGUUAAGAAAUUAAAAGAAUUGGAUGAUCAUGAUAGAGCUAUAUUAGAAAAAGCUAAAACUAAAAAUUCUUUAGAAUCCUUUAUUGUGGAGACAAAAGACAAACUUUCAAGAGAGGAAUAUGAAAAGGCAUCGACGGAAGAUGAAAGAUCCAAUCUUAUGAAAAUCUUAUCUGAGUCAAGCGAUUGGUUAGAGUAUGAAUCUGAUGAUGCCACCACAGAGGCUUUUAAAAGUAAAUUAAGUGAUUUGAAGAAGCUCACGAAGAACCUUUUUGAAAGGGUAAAGGAGCAUAGAGAAAGACCUGAAGCUUUAAAAGCUUUGACAGAUAUGCUGAAUGCUAGCACUGGUUUUUUGGCUUCAGCUCGGAAUAUGAGUGAAGAUGAGCAGAUAUUUACAGACGUAGAACUAAAAACACUGGAUAAUUUAAUCACUGAGACAACGACCUGGUAUAAAGAAAAUGUAAAAGAACAAAAUUCUGUGCCACUUCAUGAAGCGCCUAAACUGACUCUAAAACUAAUAGGUGAAAAACUUGUGAAUCUUGACCGUGAAGUGAAAUAUUUACUUAACAAGGCUCGAUUUGCACAACCAUUGAAGAAGAAAACUGUGCAAAAAGAGACCAAGAUCAAUGAAACUGCACAAAAUAUCACAGAGAAAGAAAAACCUGAAGUGGAAAAUGCUACAAUUGAAACUGAAACUGCAGGAACAGUAGAAGAGAAGGUUCAACCAAUAGAAAUUCCAGAAAUUGCAGAAAAUCUUGAAGAUAUUGAAAAGAAUGCUGAAGGAGAAAGUGUUACUCAAAAGCCAGAAACUCCUUCUCCAGACAAAGUUCAAGAAGAUCCACACUCUGAAUUAUGAAAGUAGCUGUACUUAAGCAUAUCCAAUUGUGAACAUGUGAACUGCAUGCAAAAGUGGUGGGAUAAAAUAUUUUUAUAGCUUUAAAUGUAAAAGUGAUUACUGGUAUUCAGUAUUUGUGAUCUAAUUUUGAAUUGAGAUGGAUUAUGAGUGUACAUUUUCUUAUUUUCAUUAAGCAGUCUAUACAGUAAAAUCAUGACAAAAGUAAAAACUUUCAUUUUCAUAUUUAAAUUAAAAAAAAAUUCCCAAAAUGUUAUUUAAUAAGUUUGUGCAAUAUGAUCCAGUUCCCUUGCUUAAAACUGGUAGUUAUUUUGUCGAGUUUAUGGUAAUAAAACUUUUUGUUAAAUUUGACUGUUUGCAUCUGAGUUGUCUAUAACAAAUGUAUAUUAUUGAAUUUUAUUUCAAUGGAAUUGUUAAAAUUUUUCUCUCACUGUUUUUAUUUAUCAAGCACAGGAGCUAAAAUUUAGGGUAGAAUUCUCGCCAUAAUUUUUUGAUACACUUCUUUCUGAAAAGUAAUUGCUCCAGUUACGUUUUCUGAAUCAUUGAGUUGAAGUUAAAAAUGUAAUCUUUUCCAUCCUUUGAAAUAAUUAGAAUUUUUGAUUUGAAAAGACUUAAAGUUAAUUUCUAAAGUGUAUCCUAUCCUAGUUUAAUUUUUUAUUCCUUAUCACAUAAGUGGUUAUUGGUUACAAAUUGCUAAAAUACGGAUGUUCUUUUUUAUACUAUUGUACAAAUAUUAGAAUUUGCAUUUCAUUAGAUUUUAAAUGUUCAUUAAAUAUUUUGGACUCAAUUGCAUGUAUUUUCCACAAACUUUUAAAGUGUGAGAAUAUAGAAAAGUUAAAAAUUUUAAGCAAUAUUGCUACUUUCCCUCCCCAAAAAAUUGUUUUCCUCUCCAAACAUAAAUCUUAGAGGGAAAUCUCCCCUCCAUUCAAAAGUUAAAAUUUUAGCCCCUGAUAGUAAUUUCAAAUAUUUUCAGUUAUCGUCUUUGAUAAAAGUUUAAUAUUGAAUUGUGAGUUUAAAUUUUGUAUAAAUGCUGAUAUGAUCUUUGUAUAGUAAAGGUACAAGACUAAUGCUGAAAUGCAUUCAAACCUGAUACCAAAUCGCGUGUCCGGAUGUAUAAAUUUUGGGCUCCCCAUCAAAAAUUUGACACAGCCUGUAACUACUAUUGGAUUUCUAUGCCACUAAGGACAGUGGACCCCUUAGUUCCCAUGGAUAAUACCCCUACAUUGCAUAUUCUGCGGGAACUUAGAUCUGGGUCUGCCAAAAGAGUUAUCAGUUAAAAAAAUUUAGUGAAAAAAAAUUUUGUACAAUAGAACUUACCCAUAAGUAUAAGAAGAAUAUAUUUCUAAUUGAAAACGGGCCUCUAACACUCAUUACAGUCUUGCCAAUGAAAUUUCCAUUAUGACCUUAGUAUAAAUUCCUGUGUCCAAAAAGUGUUAUGUUGAUUGUGAAGAGUUAUAUAAGUACAUUGUACGCUGUUAAAAAAAGGAGGGGGGGGCAAACAAUUAGUAAAGAAACAGUAGUCAUUUGGGGUCAUAAAAUGAACUAUACAGGUUGCUUGUUUCUUUAAUUGUUUCAAGUUGUGUAUAAAUAUGUAUUAAAAUAUCCCUAGUUUUGGGAAUUUAUAAUUCUACAUCUGAAGAUGCAAUUUUUAUUUGUUCUGUUAUUGAUAAAUAAGUUAACAUGGUUUUAUUGAUUACGUUUUAAUCGAUUAUUUUAAAUUCAAUGAGAAAACUUUCUCAAGGUUUUGUUUGAAGGAAUAUUUUCACUAAUUCUUAGAAGCUUGACUGGUCAAUGUGUUGUGUUUGUGAAAUAAAGUUGACAAACACAAAUGUGAUUUUUUUUCUCCCUCACAAGUGCUGGUGCUUACUUGAUGUACAUAUUCACUGUAUGUAAUAUUAUGAAAAAGAGAAUGAACUUAAAAUAUUUAUUUAGUGCAACUUAUUUAUUUUGUUUGCUUUUAUUUAUUCUUUUAAAUUUAGAUUCUAUUUAAACCAUUUUAAUUUAUAUUCUUAAUUGUGCUCUAUGUCUUUCAUUAAAAAAAAUGAGCUAAUAGUGCAUCAUUUGUUCUGAAAAGUAUGUAAAUAAAUCUAGCAUGAACUUUUCCAAAUUAUUUUUUUCAGGCACUGAUGAAAAAAAUAAUUUUGUUAUGUAGCUGAUUUACAUUUUAGAACAUGUUGUUAAGUAAGAAUUAUAUAGAAUCUGUUACAUUUUUCUUUUAAAAUUUUUUUCAUACUAAACAAAUAGUAUCCAAGUAAAAAGCACAGUGCACACAGUGUAUGUAUAUAUAUCAGUGACAUACGGUCCGCCCAAGCAAACCAAGCAGUGCGUGUGUACUCCAGAAAUAAUUUUAAUUUCUCAUUUGUAUGCUCAUAACUGACAAGAAGUAUGAAUUAUAAGUUUUUCCAAUCUUUCGCUGAAAAUAAGUUACAAAAACAUUAGUCGCCCAAAUGGCGAUUUCCUUGGAGCACCUAUCCGCAGACAAAAGAAAGAAAAUUACACGCCACAACCACAGGUGGAACAACUCAUGCACUAGGAAGACUGAAGGGAUGUUGCCAUGGCUCUUAUCCAAUGAUAAGAGACCGUUGUUUGCGCUUCUUCAGUUUUGAAACCAAGCAUGGGGAGAUUGCAUGGUUGCCAGAUUGGUUUUUUUAAAAAUCAUCUGACUUCUUAGCUUUUUUCUUUCUUUCUUUUUUUUUUUUUUGGAUUUCGAAUGGACAAAAAAUGUUUUCAAAUCGUGGUCUGAUUUUGAUUAAUGUGAACUGUUAAAUAUUUUGAAAGAAAGAAGCACAUUUUAUGAAUAUUUUGCUGCUAAUGAACAAAGACUGGAAUUCAUUUAUGAAUGAACUGUUAAAUUUCAGUACUUCUAAAAUGUCUAAACAUGGUGGUUUUUAGUAGUAUUCUACAAUGCUCUAUAUUUUCGACCCCUGUAUUAGUCAUUACUUGCCUUCUUAAUGUUUUGCUCACAAAUAUUCCUAAUGUAUUUUUGUGAUUAAUCACUAUUACAUAUUUGUUUUUGCUGCAUAAAAAAUGUUCUAUUCAACAUGGAAGUUACUAGAAUUAAGGCACUUUACUCAGAAAACACAGAUAUACUACAAACAAAUGUUAUAAAGUAUAAGUAAAAAUAUGAAGACAAUUGGAUACAUCACAGCUGCUUGGGCCACCGCACAUGCCUGAUGUUUAUAUACAUAAUGUGUGUAUAUAUAUAUAUAUAAUGAAAAUGCUCUUGUAUUUCUUCAAGCAUUUUUAUCAGUGGCAGUUCCUAAGGAAGUUCUUUUAGUUAACUACAAUUUUAAGUUUUCAGCAUAUUGCAAAUAUGAUGUUUUAGGAUGUCAAAAAUUUUCUAACUCAUUGAUAUUGAACAGCCAACUUAGUAAAUUUUAUGAAUUUUCUUACUGUAGUAUUUAUAUUUAUGCAUUUAAUUGCUUUUACAUUCUAACAUAACUUAAAAUACAUAGUUACUUUUUAUAAACUUUUACAUUUUUGUGAGACUUCGAAAAUUUAUUUAUUUUCAUUCCAAAUGUUAUGUCUUGUCUGUAACAAAAAUCAUGUAAAUAAAAGUUCGAAAGAAAAAAUAUCUUCGUUGAAAAAGGUAA